UUUAAUAGGCAGCCAAUGCAAGGAAGCCAAAAUGGGAGAGAUGUGAUCUCUGAUCUUGGUUCCUGUCAGAACAAAAAAAUGAAGCUGAUGCUGUGUUUACAUGGACAACAAGACCAGACAUACGAGAUACUGCUAUGGAGAUGUUGUAGAACAUGAAAUAAAAUGAUUUAGUGUUUAUUCUACCCACAGUGCACUUCAGAUGAUGCACAGGGCCUGUUUCAUCAGCAUGAAGUGCUUCAAAGUUGUCAGCCUCCAGUUUUUAUGAACAUUUAGGCAUUCUACCAUGUUUUGAAGGUUCAAAUAUGUUCAUAAUUAAAUAUUAGCUGCAGCUGCUAGUAUUUAUUAUGCGCUCAAAAAGAGAGAGUGUACAAAGCAAAUUAAAAGAUUUGAGUUUGUUGUGUUAGUCUUCUCCCUCUCAGUUAAAAUUGUAAUUCUAUCUUCAGCAACUCAUUCAUGGGGUAGGGGAGGGGGAGGAUGAGGGGAGGGUGGGAUGUCUGUCAGAUAAUGGAUGCAGAGGAAAGAGGAUGCUCCUCCUCCAAGCUUCAUAACUCAAACUCCCACCGCUCCAGUCUGACUGUGUGACACUGCUGAGCCUGAGUGUGUGUGUGUGUCAUGUGAUCUGUGUAGACAGCCCAGAGGGCCUCAAAGAUGACGACUGGCUGUGUGAGGUCAACCCUGGAGCCUGAACAUCGACUGAUGACACAGGAGAGCACACACUACCAGGAUAUGCUGGAGAACUUUGUGGAUGGGAAGUCAGAGAUGAAGGAUGAUGAUGAUGAGGAGGUCCUCUGCACAGACAGCCAGGCGGAAGACCAGCUGAAGAAACCUCGCAGAAAAGAUACACCUGUCCUCAACUCUCCUCCUCAUAUACCAGGAGUCAGACUGUUAAAGACAGAGAAGCAGAUGGUCCACUUAGAGGACGAGGAAAAGAAUGUGAAGGAUUAAAGCUUUCUUCAAUUUGUGUUUUGUUGUUAAUAAAUGCUUUACUGUUCAUGGUCUCAUUAAAAGAUGCUUUGACCAAACAUUA